CGGGGCUUUCAGGCGGAGAGGGAGGGAAAAGAAAAGAAUCGGACGGGGAGUGGAGCUGGCGCCUACGGUGGCCGGAGAGGGACGUGCCGGGCCGGAGGCUGCAGGAUGAUGCGAUUCAUGCUCCUGUUCAGCCGGCAGGGAAAACUUCGGCUGCAGAAAUGGUACCUGGCCACCUCAGACAAGGAGAGGAAGAAAAUGGUCCGCGAGCUCAUGCAGGUCGUCCUGGCUCGAAAGCCCAAGAUGUGCAGCUUCCUGGAGUGGAGGGACCUCAAAGUGGUCUAUAAGAGAUACGCCAGUCUCUAUUUCUGCUGCGCCAUCGAAGGUCAAGACAAUGAGCUGAUCACACUGGAGCUGAUCCACCGUUACGUGGAGCUCCUGGACAAGUACUUUGGCAGCGUCUGCGAGCUGGACAUCAUCUUCAACUUUGAGAAAGCCUACUUUAUCCUGGAUGAGUUUUUGAUGGGUGGGGACGUCCAGGACACCUCCAAGAAGAGUGUGCUUAAGGCCAUUGAGCAGGCUGACCUGCUGCAGGAGGAGGAUGAGUCGCCGCGCAGUGUCCUGGAGGAGAUGGGCCUGGCAUAGCCCCGUCAGCCGGCCCGGGGUCCCUGUGGAACUGGGGAAGCCGAGACAAGAGACGGCCCUUGGGGGCUGUGUCUCCCACCUCUCCCCCAGGCCCCUUCUCUGGGCGGGAGCUGGCUGCUUCUCCUCCGCCACCUCACCUUCUUUGGAAGGAGCUGUGGUUCCAGCCCUUCAUUCAAACAUUCCCUCCCUCCGCCCUCCACCUUUCCCAGCGGAGGCCUUAGGAGCUAGAAGGCAGGAAAGUGUGACCUGGAUGGGGUGCUCCGUGGCUUUCGUCCCCCUCCCUGGAAGAACCCGUGUCAAGCCCAGCCCUCCCCACGUCCUUUAUCGCUGUAAAUAUAUAAAUACGUCAGGCUAAAGGGAAGAGGUUCCCAGGGCUCUUUUCUCCCCUCGGCCCCAGAACCUACCUCCAGCCCUCCCCAUAGCCAGCCAGGGCAGCUUCUCCGCCUGGGAGGGGUUCUCCCUCUCCUGCCCCCACUUCCUCCUGGGCUCCAGUGUCCAGCCAGAGCCAGGGAAGGAACCACCGAGUUAAUGUUUUUCUAACCUUGCCACCCGGAGGGAAGGAACGGUUCGGGGAGGGGCCUGCUUUCUGGGACACUGGCCCUGUCCCCCUCCUCCACUCCACACUGUGGAUGUGGCGGGAGCCAAGCGGGUGGGGUGGGCCAAGCGGCUGCCUUUAUUCCUUUCUUCUGAAAUAAAAGGAAAAAGUGUUUCUGGA